UCACAUCGCUGUUUUUAUUUUUUGUGAUUGGUGCGAUGGCAACGGAAGCUGUGCAGGAAGAACUGCGACGCUUCGUGGCCACAGGCCGAAGGCGUCUUCACAACGUCCUGGGGCGUAUGAGUUGGAGUGAGGAGGGCGUGCGCCGGGUGCACCGAACCUGCAAGGAACCAGUCGAACACGCAGAGCAACUGCCGGCCUCUUGUUCCACAAACCCCGCCUUUAGUCUCCAACUAAAUGCCGAGGAUAUGAGGAAAAUUUUAGCAAAAGACGUUUCAUGCAAAUCCACUUUCGAUAGUUUACAGGCCGAUCUUGCCCCCAGUCAACGGCUUCUGAUCUACCAGCACGUGAUAGACCAUACAGGACGACACCAGGGAUUCCAGGACAAUGCUGCCUUCAGCGAAUUGGUGGCUGGGACUAAGCGGGAGCAGAACAGGCAGCGUCGCUACCGAAAAAGCAAGCCGACAUUGAACGAGGAGCUUCAUCAGCUGCUCGAACUGCAAAUGAAAGCUCUGGAAAAGCAAUGUGUGAAGGCGGUUGAAAGAGAUUCCACAGAGAAAAAAAGGCACGAGCAGGAGAGAAGGAACCGAGACAGGUCCGAUAAGAGGGAUCGAAAGAGUAGCAGGAGACAUAGGUCGAGGACCCGUUCUCCGCACCACAGAAGGAGGCAUCGCUCGAGGGACCGCAGUUAAAUCAAACCCAGUAAAGAUGGAACUUCUCCGUUUAUUCUAAUCCAGAUCUGAUAGAACACCGUUUAUUAGCUUAGGUUUCUUGGUAAUGAACAAAAAAAAAAUUUGCACUAUA